GACUUCGACGGGGGCGCGAACAGAUCCGUGCUCGACUUCGAUCCGUCCAAUUUCGAGGGUAAGUAUCUGGCCGCCAUGAGCUCGAGGCACCUGGAGGCCACUCCGCAUUGGAGCCUGCCAUUGGGUCGAAUAUUCGCGAAGAAGAUUCCACAGUGGAGCAAUAUCUGGCAGAUCUCUGCGGUCACAGAAGCACCUGAUGAGAAAAGCUCAUGGCACGUCACCUGCGAUCGACGCCUGACAGUGCUACAGGUUCUUCCCACGCACGGAACGGGCUGCGAUGACGUCCUAGAGCCAAAUCAGUUCAUAAGGGCCGGCUUCCAUGAGGACCGGGUCGACGUUGCGCUGUGCGAGGAAGUCAGGCGGCCCCUUGGUUGGGACGACGACGUACGCCUCGUCUGCCACAUGGGACACAAUACUAGGUAUAACAUCAUGGGGUGCCCAGAGUGCAUGGGCGAGAUUAUCUACCAGGUGGACCAGACUGAGUUCAGCCCGGACAUGGGCAUCCUCUGCGUGUUCGACUGGGGCGCCACGGACCCCGAG